UCCCGGCUCAGUAGAAGAAUGAGAAUGAGCCCUCUGUGUAUCUUCAGCCCUCGUGUCCUUCACCCCCGAGGCUCCCACACAGCAGCGGUCACCUUUGUACCACCUUGUCCUCCCCUGGACCAGGAGAAAGUCAAGGAGUUACAGCGAUUCAUCUCCCUUUCCAAGAGACUCCUGGUAAUGACUGGAGCUGGAAUCUCCACCGAGUCAGGCAUCCCAGAUUACAGAUCAGAAAAGGUGGGGCUCUAUGCCCGGACAGACCGCCGCCCCAUCCAACAUGUGGAUUUUGUCCGAAGUGCUAAAAUCCGCCAGCGCUACUGGGCAAGAAAUUUUGUUGGGUGGCCUCAGUUCUCCUCUCACCAGCCUAACGCCGCACAUUUGGCCUUGAGCAGCUGGGAGAGACUUGGAAAACUCUAUUGGUUGGUGACGCAAAAUGUGGAUGCUUUGCAUACCAAGGCAGGGAGUCUGCGUCUGACUGAACUCCAUGGAUGCAUGCAUAGGGUUCUCUGUUUGCAUUGUGGAGAACAGACUCCCCGAGGGGUGCUUCAGGACCGAUUUCAAGCCCUGAACCCCACCUGGGGAGCUGAGGCCCACGGCGUGGCCCCCGAUGGUGACGUCUUUCUGACAGAGGACCAGGUCCAAAGCUUCCGAGUCGCAUCCUGCGCCAAGUGUGGAGGCCCCCUGAAGCCGGAUGUUGUUUUCUUUGGGGACACGGUGAACCACAAUAAGGUGGACUUUGUGCACAUGCGUGUGAAGAGAGCCGAUGCCCUUCUGGUGGUAGGAUCUUCCUUGCAGGUGUACUCUGGCUACAAGUUUAUUCUUGCGGCCCAUGAGAAGAAAUUACCCAUUGCGAUACUGAACAUUGGGCCCACGAGGUCAGACCAACUGGCCUGCCUGAAGUUGGAUUUCCGAUGCGCAGAGAUCCUGCCUUUAAUCGCCCCACACUGACCAGGGCUUAGUGCUCCUAACCCCCAAGGAGGACCUUUACUGGACCUGAGCUGCUAAAGAAAAUGUACUGAGGUGUCCUUCCCACCAAGCUCCUGCCUCCCAGACCUACGUCAAAAUGGCAGGUGCUGUUUCUCAGCCAGUAGAGGGCAACGCAUGACCACAUUCAUCCAUCUCAGCAUCCUGGAUCAGACCCUGGGGGCCAAUAUCCAAUUGUGCUGCUGUAUUCCCUACCAGAGACUUGGAACCUCCAUGUUGUUUGGAAAUUGCCCACCAAAGGAACAUCACUGUGCCCCAGGAGCAGCCCCAUUUAAGGUGGACAACCCUGGUUGCAAACCGUACCUCCUUCUCAGAGCUGACCUUUUCAUUCUGGGUUGGCGAUAGCCCCAGUACAGAGGCCAGUGUGGUCUCCAUGGGGAGUUGAUAGCAUUCUCACUGCCUUUUGAGGAAAAGGUAGGAUAAAACACUAAUUUAGUUUUAUAACCUCAAGUAGUUAAAGCUAUCUUUUAAUUUUACUAUUUCAAUCAGUAAACAUUUUUUAAAAUAUCUUUUAAGAGAGAGAAUGAAUGUAUUUCCCAUGGGCAAGGCAUGUAGUGAUUUAAAUGAAUUUUUAUUUAACAGGGAAGAAUGGGAGAUUCCUUUUCUCCAACAUACCAGGUGCAGAGUAUAUAUGGGGUUGUAUUCUAUUUCAGUCAUUAACAAGAGAAGGAGAGUUUGUGGUGGAAAUCUCCAGAGAUUUCUCUUUAGUCUCAGAGACCAGGGCCAACCACCUGCCUUCAAGGCCAAAUUGGAGAAGGGGAAGGUGAAAUUCCAAUUGUGCACUAACUUUUAUUAUUUCUGCUCAGAAAGCAGUAGGCCUCGUUGGGUUACAGAGACUCAGCAGGUACAGAUCAGACUUUCUAAACAAUCUAAUCAGCAAAGGAAAGAGAAUGAAAGAAUCACAGGCGUCUAAAUGAAAGUCUUCUGUCUGAAAUGAGGCCAGGCAAUAUGAACCUACUGGAUGCAUACCUGGGAAACAAACGUGCCUUUACUGAGAUCACCAGAUUUUCAGAAACAUGCUGAACUUUUUCACCCGAACAGAUGAGUAUAUUCUACAGGCAUCAAAUGAGUAACUCUUCUAGCACCCCAUGUGAAGUGUGGUUGUUGGUAAACCCCAGUGCGGCUGGGCUGAAGCUGGGAAGGAUUAAGGAUACAUUGGACCUGCAAUGAUCAUGCAGUGAGCCCACAACAGCAAAAUAAAAUUAAGGACUCCUGAAUCCCUCUACUGUUCUUGGUACAGAGAACUUUUCCUUCUAGUUCUUUAUCUGCAGAAUAUUAUUUAAAAAAAAAAAAGAAUCCAGUUUCAAUUUCUGAUGCUUGGAAGAAAGAGCCAGGGACUCAUCUUGGAUUGGUCAAAAACUGAAUUUAGUGUAGGGCUGCUCAGAAAACAGUUGCCAAGCAGGCUCAACAUCUUGAGGACUGGCCUUUCGCAUCACAAAAUGCAGAGCCUGAGAACCUUAGGUAUGUUGGUUCUGUUGGGUGUUUUAUUGUAAAAUGAAAUUUUUUAAAAAAAUCUAUUUUUUUGAAUCAACCAAAAUCCACCUUCUUUCCACCUCUCCCCUUCUCCACUGAGAAGAAAAAAA